AUGAGCGUGCGCUUUUCUUCUGCAUCCAGACGCCUUGGCUCCUGUGGAGGAGCUGGCUCUGUGCGGCUCUCCAGCGGGGGAGCCGGCUUUGGGGUCGGCAGCACAGGCAGUGUGCCAGGCUUUGGAAGCGGCUUCACCUGCGCCUUUGGAGGCAGCUCCUCUGCAGGAAGCUACAGCGGGGGACUGGGCGGAGGAAGUGCUUCCUGCACUGCCUUCACUGGAAAUGAACAUGGCCUCCUCUCUGGCAAUGAGAAGGUGACCAUGCAGAACCUCAACGACCGCCUGGCCUCCUACCUGGACAACGUGCGUGCCCUGGAGGAGGCCAACGCUGACCUGGAGCAGAAGAUCAAGGGCUGGUAUGAGAAAUUUGGGCCUGGUUCCUGCCGUGGUCUUGAUCACGAUUAUAGCAGAUACUUCACGGUAAUUGAUGACCUUAGGAACCAGAUAAUUUCUGCAACAACAAGCAAUGCCAAUAUUGUCCUGCAAAAUGACAAUGCAAGGCUCACAGCUGAUGACUUCAGACUAAAGUUUGAAAAUGAACAGGCCCUUCAUCAGAGCGUGGACGCGGAUGUCAGCAGUUUGCGCCGGGUCCUGGACGAACUGACUCUGUGCAGAACAGACUUAGAGAUCCAGCUGGAGACACUCAGCGAGGAGCUGGCUUACCUCAAGAAGAACCAUGAGGAGGAGAUGAAGGCUCUGCAGUGCGCAGCCGGAGGCAAUGUGAACGUGGAGAUGAAUGCGGCGCCCGGCGUGGACCUCACGGUUCUGCUGAACAACAUGCGGGCCGAGUACGAAGCCCUGGCCGACCAGAACCGCAGGGACGCGGAGGCCUGGUUCAACGAAAAGAGCGCUUCGCUGCAGCAGCAGAUUUCUGAUGAUGCUGGCGCCACCACCUCAGCUCGGAAUGAACUGACUGAGAUGAAACGUACUCUUCAAACCCUGGAGAUUGAACUUCAGUCUCUUUUAGCAACAAAACACUCCCUGGAGUGCUCCUUGACGGAAACAGAGGGCAACUACUGUGCACAGCUGGCCCAGAUCCAGACUCAGAUCGGAGCCCUGGAGGAGCAGCUGCAUCAGGUCAGGACCGAAACUGAGGGCCAGAAACUGGAAUACGAACAGCUCCUGGACAUCAAAGUACACCUAGAAAAAGAAAUCGAGACCUACUGCCGCCUGAUAGAUGGAGAGGAUGGCUCUUGCACUAAAUCAAAAGGCUAUGGUGGCCCAGGAAAUCAGAUAAAAGAUCCAUCUAAAGCCACCGUGGUUAAAACAAUUGUUGAAGAAAUAGAUCCUCGUGGCAAAGUUCUGUCAUCUCGAGUUCACACUGUGGAAGAGAAGUCCACCAAAGUCAACAACAUGAAGAGUGAACAGAGGGUGCCUUCCUGA